AUGCGGUGCUAUGUGCUACACUCGUGGGUGUCGCAAGUGCAGCGGGAAGUCUCCGAGCCCCACGAGGCCGUCCGCGUCCGCACCCAGCAGCUCAAGAACCUUCACGAUGCAACCCGGCUGCUCAAGCGGGCGCUCAGGUUUCUCUCCGCCCUAAGGAGGCUAAGGGGCCAGGAAGACAUCUUGGGCCUGGAAGCCGCCGCCGGCGGUGCCGCUGGUGGGGGAGAGGUGGUGGCGGCGGGGGGGAGGAGUGCCGGCGGUCCGGGGGGGGGCGCUGCGGACCUUAGGGAGCUUGCCAAGGCCGCGCAGAGCCUGCAGGAGCUGGAGAGCACGCUACGCGACCCCGAGGUUGCCGAGCUCGAGGUUGUCGCACGGGAACGGGCGUACGUGGAGGCCUGCGGAGCGGCGGUGCGCAGGAUGUCGGCCGACUCUCUCGCCCGGGGGAUGAAAUCCCUGAACCAGACCGACAUAGGCGGCGCCCUCCAGGUGUUCUUCAACCUAGAAUGCUUGCCCGCAAGGGUGAAGGCGUGCGUGACCCACCUGGCUCAAGAGGCCGACGAGGCGAUGUCGGACGCCCUCCAGCCCGAAGCUCUUGCGGACGCGACCUCGUCUUCGUCCUCGGCGGCGGCGGCGGCGGAGGCUGCGGCGGCUGGUGGUGCCGGCGGCGCGGGGGCCGACCAGCAGCAACAGCGGUCUACGAGUCCCACCCCCGGCGGCAUCGGCGGCGGCGGCGCGGGCGGCGGCGUCGGGGCAGGGCGCCGUUCUCCUGCCACUCGGGACACCGGCGCUAGGCGUCGCACGGCGAGCAUGCGCGCCCACGCCGGGAAGCUGGCGGCCGCCCUCCACGGCACGUCGAUGGAGGCCUGGGGCCUGCAGCGGGUGCUGGACAAGAAGCGGGACCCGACGACGCGGGCCCUGCUCGACGCCACUGUCCGCGCCGACCGGAGCGACGGCGGACAGGGCGGCCUCAGCCUCCGGGCGGGAGCUUACCGGGCGUACUGGGACGGGUUGUGCCGGGCUGUCAGAGGCUCCGUGGAGCGAGCGCUGGAAGCAGACGGGGCUGUCGGCGGCGGCGGCGGUGUCGCACUGGUGGCCAUGUACCCGUUCUUGAGGAAGGCGUUCUUGCGCUUGAUCAGCCGGCUGGAGGAAGCGACGGCGGCUCGCCAGCAGCAGCAGCAACAGCAGGGUUCCGGUGCUGCUAGAGGAGGGGGCGACGGGCUCAUCGCCUCCGGCGGUGGUAGCGGCGCCUCCGCAGCGGCGUUCUGGCAGAGACCGGGAGCAGUCGGGCAGCAGCAACGGCCGGCAGGAGGGAUCCUGGGCGGUUCCCGUUGGCUGGCGCUGGCGCUAGAGGACGACUACAACAACCUGUCGCUGGACCCUUCCGCGGCGGGCGAUGAGGAGCAGGAGCGGCAGUGGGACCGCCGCGGGGCGGAGGCCGGGGCUGGGCCGGCGAGCGGUCGCCGCGUGCUCGGGCUGCGGGGCGGAAAGGGGGGCGGUGGCGAGGGAGGGGCAGGCGGCGCCGGUGGGCGCGAUGAUGGUGACAGUAGUGAUGGCACGAGGCUGCUCGAGGCGCUGGGCCCGCUCCGGGACUUGUUUCUGGCGCGAAGCUUGGAGCGGCUGACGACUCCGGUGGAGCAGAUGUUUCCUCAGUUCGACGGCUACAUGGCCGCGGUGCCCUCCAAGCACGACCUCGCUUCCUUCGUUCGCUCCAUCCACGCCGAGCUCUCCCUCGCCGUCCCCGCCGGGAGCGUCGGUUCGGCGGCGGCGACGGGGUCUUCGGAGGCUACAGCAGCGGCGGGCAGCGGCGGCAUGGGCGGGGGCGGGGGGAGCUUGGAGGCGGACUUCAGCCUGCUGCCGAUCCUCCUGAAGGGGGUCGUGCAGGCGGCCAGGCUGUUCUGCACCAAGGUGGAGGCCAUGCAGAGCGUGGAAAAGGGCGCCUAUACAUUCGGCGGCGGGAGCAACGCCGCCCUCGGCGGCCGUGCCGGCGGCAGCACCGGUGACGACGACAUGAUGGGGAACGACAUGCCCAGUUCUGCCGCCGCCGCCGCUGCGGCGCCAUUGGAAGCCUGGGCCCCUACCCUCGAGCAGGAGCAUAACCUCCAGCUGCUGGAGCUGGUGGUGAAGCUUCGCGAAGCCCUCCUGGGCAUCCCGGCCCUGGUGCUGCCGUCGCCGCCGACCCCGGCGGCGGCGGCGUACGGGGUCGAGUGCCGGGAGCGGGUGGCCGAGGCGGUUCAGGCGCUGGACGACCUGGCAUCGAGGGUGUUCCUGGAGCCGUACCUGAGCGGGGUGGCUCGCGCACUGGAGGAAAUCGUGUCCAAGAUGCACAGGGAGAAUUUCGGGCCGGGAGUGUCGGCCAUGGCAGCCUCAGAGCACCAUGGUGGCGGCGGCGGGUCUCUUUUCCUGCAUGAGCUGCAACGCGCGCUUGCCGCCCUGCAGGCUGACCACUUCACUCGCAUCGCGGCGCUCCGGACACCCAGCGCAGAGGCGGCCCUGAGAUCGUUGGCGGCGAGGGUCCUCCGCGCGUACGUGACCCACUGCGCUCUGAUACGGCCGCUGUCCGAGGGGGGAAAGGCCAGGGUGGCGCAGGACAUGGCCACGCUCGAGAUUGCGCUCAGCCCGCUCGCAAGGGUCUCGGAGUUGGGAGCCGUGUACCUCGAGUCUCGGGCUUUCCGGACCCUUCUCUUCGUCGAUGACGCCGAAGACGAGGACGGCGACAACAACAACCGAGGAGGAGGAGGAGGAGGAGGAGGAGGAGGAGGAGGAGGAAGGGGCAGAGGGAGAGACUCGAGGUCCUUCUUGACGGAGGCGUGCAUGGCCCACCUCAGGCCGACGAGCGUGUGGCACUACCUAUUCUCCGGGGCCCCCGACGAGCUAAGCUCCCCGCAUGUUUUACGCGGCAUGUCGCAGCAGGCGUACGUCACCUGGCUCCUCGGCGGGGGUGCGGCGGAGGAAGCCAAAGCCCGAGAGAAGGGGAAAGAUGCGGAGGCAGCCGGCGGCGGCGGCGGCGGCGGCGAUGGAGGUAGCGGCGGCAAAGCCUGCACCGAAAGGUCUACGCUGUCCCCGGACACGAGCUACAUGGCCGAGGCCGGGGCUUGGUCCGUGGUCCAGGCCUGCCUUGACGAGUACCACCAGCGGCGCAGCGUCGCCAUCGCCACGGGCAGCGGCAACGCCGACGGCGGAUCGGCGGCGGCGGCGGGUUCUACGGAGGUGCUUCCCCGGGCGGUCGGUCUUCUGCCGGAGGCCGGCCCCGCGCUCCUCUCGGCGUACGAGGCUCGCGGGAGUUCGUAGUUACGUGUGACCUGCGUUGUUGCUCGGCCCGCCGUGUCCGGCAUGCAGUGUAUAUGGUCCACGCGAGUUCCGGAGGAAAACACCCACGUACCGCCUCCACACGUUGUUUGAUUCAUGUAUUUCUACCAUUUUUCAAUACAAGAGUCUGCCCACUUAGGUGGCUUCGCGUUGUCGUACGUGCCGUCGUUGCAUCAUGAAAAAAAAAAGAGAGAUUUUUCUUCAUCGCCUCACAGAUGAUACCGUCACCUCAAAGCAGUCAUGAAUCGUUGUUCCCUGCAAGACCUACUGCGGUAGCAUACUCUUGGUAGUCAUACAGAAUACGACCUACGGACAGAACCGAAACAAACAACUCAAUCAACAACCGUAGUCGCACAUUACGGAAGGCCUUCUCUCCUCUCACACCUCAACUCGCACGUCUGGCUUAAUCGCCGCUCGAUGCGCGGCGGUACAUAGACUGUUGUAGUGGUAUUAUUAAAUACUGUCGAAAAUGACGCACAAAAACGAAAAUCAAGAGGGUGUUCGGCGACAACCCAAUGACCAGCGUGCAAUGGCCGAAUCGCCGCACACAAGAGCGGUCCAUGCCACUACAUGCGCAGCGGGAAGACGGGGCGGGGGGUUGCUGCUACCUGAACUAUCGAUGCAUACGUAGCACUCAGGGGGGGAGGAGCCUAGACACAAUACUACAGCUUGCAAGGUGAAGGGCCGCGUGUAAUUGGUACACAACAACAGAGACUGACUCCCACCACGAGUGCUGGAAACACAUGGUACCAUUGGUAGCUCCCUCCCCUGGAACGUAUGCAUGCACAUGCACGACAGACGUACCAUGGGACACUACAGCAGCCACGGCGCCCCAUUCAUACAGCAACGUCCGGGCACAAUACUAGCACCAGCACCUCGAACUACAUUAAACGUUACUGCUGUCCAAACAUGGGGUGGGUGUCAACACGUGUGUGCACUGUC